AGUGUGGUGGGCGGGGCGAAGCUCUCAGCCUAGCUUUAGUCUUUUGGGUGCCGUACAUGAUUGACUAUGCAUGGGGCCAGUGAGUCGGAAAGCGGCGGUACGAGCAGUGUGGGCGGAGCCCGUGUUGGGUUAGGUUGCACCGUGUGUAUCUGUAUGGGGAGGAGAGAGCUCAGUGUGCAGCAGCAUGUGUGUGACCGGGGGACUGCUACAUGUGUAUACUUGGCUAGUUUGUAAACAGCUCACCUGGACAGCAAAGUAUUAUCCUGGCUUUGGUCAUUGUUUCAUCGUCCCGUGACAUUGAGUGACUAAGGUCCCAUCUUUUUUCCUCUGUGUCCCAAGGGGAAGGCUAUUUGCCUUCCCCGCCAUCCUUUUUUAGAGGCGCCAAAUAUGGCGGACCCGAUAAUGGACCUUUUUGAUGACCCUAACCUAUUUGGGUUGGAUUCUCUAACUAGUGACUCAUUUACCAGAGAUGGACCAGAUACUAUCGAUGAAGCUCUCGGCUUGGGCAAUGUUCUAGAGCAGUUUGUAACAGAUAGAGGACCAGAACAAGCAAUUUUACAUGUAAAUCAGCGAAUCCAGCCUCGGGUGCUGCCAGAAAAUCGUGCUCCUAUUCUCGCACCAGAACCAGUGCUUCCCGCUCAACCAACCAUCAAUCAGGAACCUAUGAACCAAGGAAACCCUUUUAUGGGCACACCCUUGACUGUAACCACAGCAACAACUACUACAGCUGCGCCUACAGCUCCUAAAAUUAUGAUUCUAAAAGCACCACCAGGAAUGACUGUUGGUGGUGUUCCUGUGACACAAAUUCAAACUCUAACUCCUGGACAGACCGCUAAUGGAGGCAAAGUGACCAUUGCUAAGGUGCUUACAGGAACCCAGCUGAGACCUGGGGUAUCCAUCGUAUCUGGGAAUACAGUGCUGGCCAAAGUUCCAAGUCAAGCAGGACAUGCUGGAGUCAGACCCGUUCGACAGUUAUUGUUACAACCAAUGCGCACAUCAGCUACUGAUGGCAAUACGAGCAUCAAACCAGCAGUCACGUUGACCUCCACUCCUCAGCAGGGGGAUUCAAAACGCAUCACGCUUGUGCUUCAACAGCCUAACCAGACAGGAACUCAAGGCCAGCGUCAUGUGGUGUUGGGUGGUUUGCCAGGGAAAAUUGUUCUUCAAGGGAACCAACUGGCUGCUCUGACACAGGCCAAGAAUCAACAGGGACAAACUGCCAAGGUAGUGACUAUACAGCUUCAGGUACAACAGCAACCGGGGGCAGCUCCUCAAGCUCCACAGAAGUUUCAAAUCAUACAACAGUCACCAGGUGGUCUGACUCUUGCACCUGGCACACAGCAAACACACGUGAUAAGUCAGCAAGGAACUCAGAGGCUCUCCGUACCACUCAAAGUUGUCUUACAGCCACAGGUCGUGUGGAAGUUGACACAGGCGGUUAUUGCGGGCUCCUCACAAGGCACCACACAAAGUCUGUCAGUGGUAAAAGUGUUGAACGCCAGUGAAGUUGCGGGUCUCACAGCCAACCAAACUUUAGUGAGAGUUGGAGGGGAAACUCGCAAGCUGGACAGUCAGAAGAAGCAGGAAAAGGCAAAUCGUAUUGUGGCUGAGGCCAUUGCUAGGGCCAGAGCAAGAGGGGAGCAAAAUAUUCCCCGUGUUCUAAAUGAGGAUGAGCUUCCAAGUGUUAGUCCUGAGGAUGAUGAUGUAAGUAGGAAGAAGAAGAAGAAAAAGAAGGGUGAACCGGGUGAUGGAUUAAGCGGUGACAAGUCCAAAAAAUCCAAAGGGAGUAGCAGCUCAAGGUCUAAGAGCAAAUCGAAGCCCAGUACCAUCACUCCCAUUGUUGGGAAGAAGAGGAAGCGGAAUCCAUCAUCUGAUAAUUCUGAUGCGGAAGUGUUACCAUCUCAGGCUUCGCCAGUAGAAGAUGAAGAUAGUGUCCAGAAGAGGCGAUCUAAUCGACAAGUAAAACGUAAAAAGUACACUGAGGAUCUAGACAUUAAAAUUACUGAUGAUGAAGAUGAUGAGGAUGUUGAUGUUACCGGCCCAGUGAAGAGUGAACCAAUCCUUUUGCCUGGGCCUCUCCCAAUGCCUGACGGCGAUAUGGUUCCCUCCAUGCAGUUCUUUGUGGAAAACCCAAGUGAAGAAGAUGCUGCAAUUGUGGAUAAAAUACUUUCUAUGCGCUUAGUUAAGAAGGAGCUACCUUCUGGGGUGUAUUUUGAAGCAGAAGAAUAUUUUGUCAAGUAUAAGAAUUACUCAUAUCUGCACUGUGAAUGGGCAACUAUUCAGCAGCUUGAGAGAGACAAACGCAUUCAUCAGAAGCUCAAGAGGUUUAAAACUAAGAUGGCUCAGAUGCGUCAUUUCCUACCAGAGGAUGAGGAGUCCUUUAAUCCAGACUAUGUUGAAGUGGAUCGAAUCCUGGAUGAAUCGCAUAGCAUUGAUAAGGACAAUGGGGAACCUGUGGUGUAUUAUCUUGUGAAGUGGUGCUCACUACCCUAUGAAGACAGCACCUGGGAGCUUAAAGAGGAUGUAGAUGAGGGAAAGGUUGACGAGUUCAAAAGAACUGAAUCCCGACUGCCGAAUCUCAAGCGUGUGGCACGGCCUGCAGCUACAUCUUGGAAGAAGUUAGAUCUGACUCAGGAAUACAGACACGGUAACCAGUUGAGAGAAUACCAGCUGGAGGGAGUCAAUUGGCUGCUGUUUAAUUGGUACAACAGGCAGAACUGUAUUCUGGCUGAUGAAAUGGGUUUGGGCAAGACGAUCCAGUCUAUCACAUAUCUGCAGGAACUGCAUAACGUUGGGGUGAAAGGUCCUUUCUUGGUGAUUGCUCCUCUUUCCACUAUUACGAACUGGGAAAGGGAAUUUGCCAGCUGGACUCUAAUGAACACCAUUGUUUACCAUGGCAGCUUGGCCAGCCGCCAAAUGAUCCAACAGUAUGAGAUGUACUGCAAAGACUCAAAGGGUCAUCUCAUUCCUGGAGCCUACAAGUUUGAUGCUUUAAUCACAACUUUUGAGAUGGUUCUUUCUGAUUGCCCCGAAUUGCGUGAAAUUGAAUGGCGUUGUGUCAUUAUUGAUGAAGCUCAUCGUUUGAAAAACAGAAACUGUAAGCUUUUAGACAGCUUAAAGCACAUGGAUCUAGAGCACAAGGUCCUCUUGACUGGGACACCGUUGCAGAACACUGUGGAGGAGCUGUUUAGCCUGCUACAUUUCUUAGAGCCUAGUCAGUUUGCUUCUGAAGCAGAAUUUCUGAAGGAUUUUGGAGACCUUAAAACUGAGGAGCAGGUGCAAAAGCUGCAAGCAAUCUUAAAGCCUAUGAUGCUAAGAAGGCUAAAGGAAGAUGUGGAGAAGAAUCUCGCGCCCAAACAAGAGACUAUCAUUGAAGUGGAGUUGACUAACAUUCAGAAGAAAUACUAUAGGGCCAUCCUGGAAAAAAACUUUUCCUUUCUUACCAAGGGAGCUAGUCAGUCCAAUACUCCCAACUUGCUUAACACCAUGAUGGAACUUCGCAAGUGCUGCAACCAUCCCUAUCUCAUUACUGGAGCGGAAGAAAAGAUAAUGUUUGACUUCCGAGAAGCGACACCAGUGAUGCCUCAUGACUUCCACUUACAAGCAAUGGUGCGCUCCUCUGGCAAAUUAGUUCUAAUAGACAAACUUCUACCCAAGCUUAAAGCUGGAGGGCAUAAGGUUCUCGUCUUUUCCCAAAUGGUGCGGUGCUUGGAUAUAUUAGAGGAUUAUCUCAUUCAGAGAAGAUAUCUUUAUGAACGAAUUGACGGUAGAGUCCGUGGUAAUAUGCGCCAAGCAGCAAUUGAUCGAUUCAGCCGCCCAGACUCUGAUCGAUUUGUGUUCUUGCUGUGCACUCGGGCUGGUGGGCUGGGUAUCAACCUCACCGCUGCAGACACUUGUAUCAUCUUCGACUCUGACUGGAACCCUCAGAAUGACCUUCAGGCACAAGCACGUUGUCACCGAAUUGGUCAGAGCAAGGCUGUUAAGAUUUAUCGGCUGAUCACCAGAAACUCCUAUGAAAGAGAGAUGUUUGACAAGGCCAGCUUGAAGUUAGGACUGGACAAGGCUGUGCUCCAGUCUAUGAGUGGACGGGAAAACCACUUGAAUGGGCCCAUCCAGCAGUUUACAAAGAAAGAGAUUGAAGACUUGCUACGGAAAGGUGCUUAUGCAGCCAUCAUGGAAGAAGAUGAUGAAGGCUCCAAGUUUUGCGAGGAAGAUAUUGAUCAAAUUCUAUUAAGAAGAACUACCACUAUAACAAUAGAGUCUGAAGGCAAAGGUUCCACCUUCUCUAAGGCAAGUUUUGUAGCAUCUGAAAACAGGACAGACAUUUCAUUGGAUGAUCCUAACUUUUGGCAGAAGUGGGCAAAAAAAGCAGAUUUGGAUCUAGAUCUGCUUAACAGUAAGAACACACUGGUGAUAGACACACCCCGUAUCAGGAAACAGACGCGGCACUUUAGUAAUAAGGAUGAUGAUAUGGUAGAGUUUUCAGAUCUAGAAAGUGAUGACGAUGAUCGCCCACGAGCUCGACGGCAAGACCGCAAAAAUGGUUAUGGUCGCACAGACUGCUUUAGAGUAGAGAAGCACCUUCUUGUCUAUGGAUGGGGUCGGUGGCGUGAUAUCUUAAUCCAUGGUCGCUUCAAACGAGGUAUGACAGAACGGGAUGUGGAGAAAAUCUGCCGAGCCAUCUUAGUUUAUUGUCUAUUGCACUAUCGGGGGGAUGAGAACAUUAAAAGCUUUAUUUGGGAUCUGAUCAGUCCUGCAGAGAAUGGCAAAACCAAGCAGCUACAGAACCACUCAGGUCUUUCCAUUCCUGUACCUCGUGGACGCAAGGGCAAAAAAGUAAAGUCUCAGAGCAGCUUUGAUAUUCACAAAGCAGAAUGGAUUCGGAAGUACAACCCUGACACUCUGUUUCAAGAUGAGGGCUAUAAGAAGCAUCUAAAGCACCAGUGCAACAAGGUCUUGUUGCGUGUUCGAAUGUUAUAUUAUAUCCGGCAGGAAGUGUUUGGAAAUCAUGCAAUAAAGGUGCUUGGUGGAGUUGAUGCCAAAAAUAUCAACUUAUGGGUCCCCCAAAUCGAUCAAGCUGACUUACCAGCUCGUUGGUGGGACAGAGAGGCUGACAAAUCUUUACUUAUUGGAGUCUUUAAGCAUGGUUAUGAGAAAUACAAUACUAUGCGUGCAGAUCCUUGUCUUUGUUUCCUAGAGAAGGUGGGGGGGCCUGAUGAGCAGGCAAUUGCUGCAGAACAUCAUGCACAGGAUUAUGUGGAGCUGCCUGAGGGUGUAGAUUUUGAUAGAGAUGUUGAAGAUCCUGAGUAUAAGCCACUCCAUGUACAGAAAGAUGCUGAGGAGGAGAUGGACCCCCUUAUGAUGGAUGAAGAAAUAUCUGUGGUGGAUGGUGAGGAAGCAACACCUGUGCCUAGUGGCAUGCUAUGGCCACCUGGAUCUGCACUCACUGCCCGCCUUCGCCGGCUUAUUACUGCAUACCAACGUAGCUAUAAGCGAGAACAACUGAAGAUUGAAGCUGCUGAACGAGGGGACAAACGGAAGAAACGAUGUGAGGCAGCUUUCAAACUGAAGGAAAUUGCACUUCGAGAGAAACAGCAAAGGUGGACUCGUCGAGAGGCUUGUGAUUUUUUCCGUGUUCUCUCCAGCUUUGGGGUUGAGUAUGAUCCUGACACACAGCUCUAUGACUGGCAGAGAUUUCGUAGUCUGGCUAGGUUGGACAAGAAAACGGAUGAAUCACUGCUUAAAUAUUUUCAUGGUUUUGUGGCAAUGUGUCGGCAAGUGUGCCGUUUACCACCAGUUGCAGGAGAUGAGUCUCCAGAUCCAUCUCUCUUCAUUGAACCUAUUUCAGAGGAACGAGCAUCAAGAGCUUUGUUCCGCCUUGACCUCUUGCGCAGGGUGCGCGAGCAGGUUCUGUGUCAUCCUUUGCUUCCUGCGCGUUUAUCUUUGUGUCGGCCGGACCCUGAAUUACCUGAGUGGUGGGAGAGUGGCCGUCAUGAUAAGGAGCUUCUUGAAGGGGCUGCACAAUACGGACUGAGCCGCACAGACCUUACUCUAAUGCCGGACCCCUCAUUUUCUUUCCUAAGAUGCCGGCUCAACUAUCUCCAAUCUAGAGGCAUUUCAAAUACCUCCCGCCCAUCCACUCCCUCCACAGUCCACCCUCUGCCUACCACAGAACUUCAACCCCCUCAUAUUAUUUCAAUCUCUUCAUCUGUCAGUUCCUCUCCAGCUCCACGACGAUCUUCUUGCUCUUCAGCAUCAUCUUCAUCCAACUCCGAUGAUUCAUCGGAUGAAAGCAAUGGGAGCAAAGCCGCUAAUCUGAAUGCAGGUUUACCACACUCUCGGUUACUUGAUGAGGAAAAUCGAUUGUCCCUCACAGAUUCUCCAGGAGACCUGAAAUCGGAGGGCAGUGCCCAAGCAGUUCUGGAGAAUCCAAAUAGUGCAGAUUGGCCAAAGGAUCGCGUUCUCCUCUGUCGAAUUGAGCAAGUCUGCAAUGGUGUGUUGACUGGAAAAUGGGGUUCACCAAGGAGAAUUUUCGAUCCACCAAGUGACAGCCCUGACAGUAUGUCACCAACCCCUGAGGAACGGAGCCCUACCACCUAUACACAUAUGCGCCCUACCCCUGAUCAAAAGGAAUUUACAGUCCAAAUCAAAAGUGAGGAAGGGCUAAAGAUAAAAUUUCAGAAACACAAACUCCUAGGUAAUGGAGCAGUGGAUUCUGUGCAUCAUGUACAUAAGAAGAAGAGUAAAAAGAAAUUGAUCCAGAUGGAGUUAGAUAUGGAUACUCGAAUUCCAGUUGUAAAUCAGAGGGAUGGUACUGUGCUACUUGGAGAGGAAGCCCCCAAGCGCUGUCAAUUACAUGAGUGGUUACACAGGCAUCCUGACUUUAUUGUGGAUCCCCGAUUUCUAGCGUACAUGGAGGACCGGAGGAAACGCAAGAAACACAAGAGUAAAAAAUCCAAAUCCUCUUCAGCACAUGGUAUUUUAGGCACUAUGCAGACCUCUCACCAUCACAAUGGGAAAAAGUCUUCACUCACAGAGAAUAAAUUUGAAGCUCCACACCUUCCCACAGCAGCUAAGAAGAGAAAGAAACGUCCUCCCUCCAAGCUAAUUUUGCCAUCAGCACGGCAUGGUGCUGGUGACACUUCUCAUUCCUUCUCCCGGGACCCUAAACCAGAACACAGCGCUAAUACUCUGCGGGCCAUGUAUGGAGCUGCAGGAGAGGGAAUGCUACAUCAGUCUGGACUUGCUGGCCUGACAAUACCUCGUUACCACCCAUUGCACGCAACUUCUGCAAGCAGAAUUCAAGGACCUACUUUUGGUGAUGAUUUAUCGGGUUAUGAACCCCAACAACAACACUUCUCUCUGCUUGAUGACCCUAUGAUGCCAGCAAACUCUUCCUCCAGCGGUGAUGAAUUGGACAGACCUUGAUAGGACCCUCCCCCUAGUGGGAAUCAUGAACAACCCACAGAGAUGCAGGGCCAAACCCUCUUUAUAGAGACGUUGUUCUGCCUUGUCACCAGUAGCCUGUUUUUUUUUUGUUUUUUUUUGUUUUUUUACCCCAUUUUUGGACUCCGUGGCUUAUUCAACUUCUAUGUUCCAGGAUCUAUUGCGGCAGGAUAUACGCAGGAUCAGAGAGGACAAAUGAAUGAGGCUUUGACCUUCUUUUUUUUUUUUUUUUUUAUUAAUAUUAUUAACUAUAUUGCUGGAAGGGGCCUUGCACCACACUCUAGCGCAAAACCGGUUCUGGGACAAUAUGAAAAGUCUUACAGUGCAAUAAGGCACUUCAGGAUCUGGGUGACAAGGUCCCUAUUCCAUUUUGGGUUCUCCACUAUUCACUCAACCCUGUUGUGCAUCAAUCCCAUAGGUCACUGGUAUAGGAAUGACAGGACUUGGAUACGUUGCAGUAAGGUUACUGCACCCUGCUAUUCUGAAUAGGGCAUAUGGAAUUCUUUGCAAAAAAUAGCAAAUCAUGUGCAAAAUAUGUAUGAGGGAGGGAAUGGGCACUUUGUGUGUACAUGUGGGACCUGACACCGAGCAGAAUCUGUGUUUUCUAGGGUGUAGGGGUGUGAGGCUGCCAGCCUUCACAUUUUCCCUCAGUCAUAUGUGAAAUGAAUAAACUCCUUGAUUUAAUAUA